AAGUGAAAUUUGUGAUCUCUCAAUUGGGAGCUCAGUAGGACAAGAGAAUGUGUUCAGUGUGAAAAACGGAAUGUACCAGCAAUUAAAUGGAAACACUUCAUACCCAAUUAAACCACUGAUAGACGAUACAUACAAGUUAAACACUGAUGCUAUCACUGGAAAUCCAAUUAAAGCAAAACGGCGGAAGUCCUCAAGCCCUGCUAUGCCUCUGAUCUGUUCUGUUUGUGAGAAAGUAUUUUUGAAAAAACAGGAUCUCAAAUCUCACAUGAAAGUCCAUUCUGACGCCCGGCCUUUCAAGUGUGACCUUUGUCCUAAGGCCUUCAAUCACAAGUCAACUCUGACCAAUCACCGGCGUAUCCACACGGGGGAAAAGCCGUAUGGAUGUGAAAUUUGUAAGAAAAGUUUCACAUUUCUCAGCAGUCUACAGCGUCAUAAACUUCUUCAUAUCGCAGAGACGACCUUCAAGUGUUUCGUGUGUGGAGAAUCUCUAGAAGACAAGCAGGCUCUUAAUAAACACUUAAAAAGUCAUGUCCAAGGUGCAGAACUCGAACAGGAUAUUCAGAUCAAUGCAGCUACAUAGAAAGACAUUUCAACUUAGUGUAAAUAU